AUGACGCUCUCGGAGAUUUUUCAAUUGAAGAGAUUCUGGCUUAUUCUGGGAUUAUUUGUGGUGAUUCUGUUUGGGGUUGUUGCAGUUUACUCGAAAAAUUCUCACGACAAUGUUUUCCCAGAAGACUUCCUCUUUGGAUCCGCAUCUGCUGCUUAUCAGGUCGAAGGCUACUCGAAAGCUGAUGGGAAAGGACCCAGUAUUUGGGACGAUUUAGUUGAGAAUCACUUGGAUUUGGUGGCUGACAACCGGAGUCCGGACUCAGGUCCCGACUCUUACAAAUUCUACAAGGACGAUGUCAGGAUACUCAAGGAAAUGGGAAUGCAGAUGUAUCGUUUUUCCAUCGCUUGGUCUCGAAUCAUGCCAACUGGAGAUGUUUCGUCUCUGAACAAUGCAGGUUUGCAGUACUAUGACAAUCUUGUGAAUGAACUUAUAGCAAACAAUAUCAUCCCUGUUGUGACGAUGUAUCACUGGGAUCACCCUAGAGAAAUCCAAAAGCUAGGCGGGGCCCUAAACCCCAUAUUUGCAGACUAUUUCAAAGAGUACGCGAGGGUGCUCUUCACCAGACUCGGAGAUAGGGUUAAGUACUGGAUAACAAUCAAUGAACCUAGCAUUUUUUGCACCUACGCCUACACUACUGAGGACUGGGGAGCAGCUAUCAAUUUCACAGGUGGAGAAUAUUAUUGUGCACACCAUUUACUUAUAGCCCAUGCUAAAGUCUAUCGAAUGUACCAAGACGAGUUCUACUCCAAGCAAGGAGGAAAGGUCGGACUCAGUCUUCAUACCCGAGGAUAUUUGCCCAAAAAUCCCGACAGCGCUUCAGACAGGGAAGCAGCUAAGAUAGGGUUUCUAACUGACAUUGGAUGGACUGCCCAUCCUAUCUUCUCAAUAAGCGGUGGAUAUUCUUCUGUCUUAACAGAAUUUGUCGCUGAAAAGAGCAAGAAAGAGGGCAGAGCCUGGUCCAGACUUCCUCACAUGGAUCACGAAACUGUGAAGCUCUUGAAAGGUACCGCCGAUUUCUUGGGCUUGAACUACUACACAAGCAGAUUGGUCGUGAUGGAUCCCAAUCCUUUCAAUGGUGUGGCUUUCGUUCUCAAUGAUACACGCAUUAUUCAGACACCAGCUCCGCAUUGGCCACAAGCAAAAUCGACAUGGCUCUAUUCAGCCCCAGAGGGAUUUAGGCAGUUACUGAGAUGGAUCAAGAAAGAGUACAACAAUCCUGAUGUGAUAAUUACGGAGAAUGGAUGGUCGGAUGACGGGCAGAUGGAGGAUGAGGAGCGGAUUGAGUACUUGAGGCAGCACCUCACCGAGAUUCUGGGCGCAAUUAAUCAGGAUGGCUGCAACAUUGUGGGGCACACGACGUGGAGUAUACUGGAUAAUUUCGAGUGGAUGCGCGGCUUUACGGAGAAGUUCGGCAUUGUCAGCUGGGAUGAGGAGACGAAAGAGAGGAGGCCCAAGAAGAGCGCCUCCUUCCUCAGGCAGGUCAUCACAACUCGACAAAUUCCGCAAUAG